CACAAAAGCUUGUAAUCAUAUGCAUUAUUUAUGCUAACACCUCCUUCCCUUCCCAUGACAGGUGUUUGCCUUGUUCCUGAUUUAGCCAUAAUAGCCACAAAGAGAGAGAGAAAGAAGGCAUGACAAAAUGAAAUGAAUGAUCUCCAUCAUCACUCCCAUUCCUUCUCCUUCUCUCUAGGGUUUCCAAUUUCAAUUCCCAAUCUCCCCCAAAGCUCCCACCUUUCCCAUUCAUUCGCGCAAUUCCCUUCGCCCUUUUCCUUUUCCCUCAAAAGGGUACCCUCGCCUUCGCCCCUCUUUGACCGUUCCGGGCUCGCCCCCCCAGGCCUCUAGAGAGAGAAAGUGCUUUUCUAGAGAGAGAAAGUCACCAUGGGAAUGUAGAGUGUAGCUCCCUUCUUGCUAUUGUUGGCGACCGAGCAAUGUUGGAAAUGGAGAAGGAUUUUGAUUCCAAGCUCAAGAUUCAGGGGAAUUCCUCCUCUUCCAAUGGAAAUGCUGGGAAUGUCCAGAGAUCCAAAAGCUUUGCUUUUAGGGCUCCCCAGGAGAAUUACACCAUUCAGGACUUUGAAUUGGGCAAGAUCUAUGGUGUUGGCUCUUAUUCUAAGGUUGUGAGGGCAAAGAAGAAGGACACAGGAACUGUGUAUGCAUUGAAGAUCAUGGACAAAAAAUUUAUUACCAAAGAGAACAAAACAGCUUAUGUAAAAUUGGAACGCAUUGUACUAGAUCAAUUGGAUCAUCCAGGCAUUGUGCGGUUAUAUUUCACAUUUCAAGACUCAUUUUCUCUGUACAUGGCACUUGAAUCCUGUGAAGGUGGAGAACUUUUUGAUCAAAUAACCAGGAAAGGUCGUCUAUCAGAGGACGAGGCACGAUUCUAUGCAGCUGAAGUUGUAGAUGCUCUUGAAUACAUACACAAUUUGGGAGUGAUACAUCGCGAUAUUAAGCCAGAGAAUUUAUUACUUACAGCUGAAGGACAUAUUAAAAUAGCCGAUUUUGGGAGUGUGAAGCCUAUGCAGGAUAGCCAAAUCACUGUCCUUCCAAAUGCAGCAUCAGAUGACAAAGCCUGCACUUUUGUGGGAACAGCUGCUUAUGUCCCUCCAGAGGUUCUUAAUUCCUCUCCAGCAACUUUUGGAAAUGACCUUUGGGCACUUGGCUGCACAUUAUACCAAAUGCUUUCUGGAACUUCCCCUUUUAAAGACGCAAGUGAAUGGCUUAUUUUUCAAAGAAUUAUAGCAAGAGAACUUAGAUUUCCAGAUUACUUUUCUGAUGAAGCAAGAGACCUUGUUGACCGCCUGUUGGAUUUGGACCCCAGCAGGAGACCAGGUGCAGGACCUGAUGGUUAUGCUAUUUUGAAGAUGCACCCUUUUUUCAAGGGGGUUGACUGGGAUAACUUGAGGGCACAGAUUCCUCCAAAACUUGCUCUAGAACCUUGUACUCAGUCGCCUGCUGGUGAUGAUGUUCAUGACUCAUCAUGGAGUCCCUCUCACAUUGGAGAUGGUUCUGCUUCUUUGGCUAGACAACCUGAUGGUGCCGCAUCAUCUUCUGAAGGAACUGGUCACAUAACUAGGCUAGCUUCAAUUGAUUCCUUCGAUUCAAAAUGGCAACAAUUUUUGGAUCCUGGGGAAUCUGUUCUUAUGAUCUCUAUGGUGAAGAAAUUACAAAAACUAACAAGCAAGAAGGUGCAGCUCAUCCUCACCAACAAACCAAAGUUGAUCUAUGUGGACCCGUCAAAGUUAAUUGUGAAGGGAAAUAUAAUAUGGUCUGAUAAUCCAAAUGAUUUAAGCAUCCAAGUGACUACUCCAUCAAAUUUCAAGAUUUGCACACCUAAAAAGGUAAUGUCGUUUGAGGAUGCAAAGCAAAGAGCAUGGCAGUGGAAAAAGGCAAUUGAAGGACUUCAAAACCGGUGAAUUUAUUCUGGUUUUGAGAACAUAUUCUUUUAUAUAUCUAUUGUUCAGCAAGAAGGGAUAAAACAGUUGACUGCCCAACAAUCAAUUAUUCAUUAAAAGAAAACAAAUUUGCAGAUUUUGCUGAAGCUGGUUCUAUCUAAUUCCUCUGCACAGCUUAAUUUUGUGGAGUUCUUACAUCCUCUUUCAUGCUUAUAAGGGAUGAUAAAAUGUGGAAGUUCUAAUUGUAGCUAUGUCAGAGGUUGGAGCCAAUACUUUGUAAGAAAAAUUCGGUUUUUUUAAAAUUAUAUAUUAAUAUUAUGAGUUGGAAGAUGAUAUCAUUUUGGUUGUCAUAAUGUAUGAAUCAUUGAAUUGCUCAAUUUAUUGUUUCUUCAGCCCCAGUUAGACUGUGAAGCCAUCUUGAAAUUUCAAAAUGGAUGAUUUGGCCCUUGGCAAUCUGUAAAUAAAAUAGGCAAUUCUAUGUA